AUGUCUGUUUUUCGCACAGCUUCUGACGAGAGCCCGGAAGGUGACAAGCGUCAAUACGCCACUAAUAUUCUCCGUCUUUCUCGUUCCGUCAAACCUGUGGCUGACAGCGGCAGGGAGCAAAUAGUCUUCUAUCAAAGCGGCGUUGGCUCCCAAUCCAACUUCAAUGGCGCCGGGGGUGCGGGUGUCAUUGACGAAAUGGCGCUGGGAACCUUUGUGGCGAGCAAGAUCCGAGACGUAUACGCGUUUAUCGCACAGAACUAUCGGGAUGGCGACAUCAUCUGCAUCUUCGGGUAUGUUAAGGGUGCCUACACUGCGCGAAAGGUGGCCGGCCUCAUUGAUCGCAUCGGUUUGCUUGAGACCAGAGAUCUUGGCCACUUCUUCAAAAUAUGGAAGCAGCUGUACGACGGGGUAGAGCCUCAGCUGACAGGCAGGAAUGUUGAUAUCGAUUGCGUAGGGGUUUUUGACACCGUUGGUUCUGUAUGGAAGGAAAUCGAUGCGCUUAACAUCGCGGACAAUAGUUUGCCGAAAUCUAUCAAGACCGCACUUCAUGCCGUGUCCUUCCACGAAAAUCGAGACCGGUUUCUACCUACCCUAUGGAUUCCUCCAAAGGAAGGACUGGGUGAAGGACAAGUUCUCAAAGAGGUCUGGUUCCCUGGAGCGCAUGCCGAUGUUGGAGGAGGGUACGAGCGCCAUGAGCUCUCCGACAUUACUUUGUUCUGGAUGGCUGGCGAAAUUCAAACUUUGGGCGUCCCGCUCGGGCUCGAUUAUGAUUUCCUCAAAUCUCUCCGCCAGCCCGUUCCUGACGCUGGCUGGGGCGCCUCACAGCCCCACAACGCGUGGAACGAGAUGGACUGGAAGAUGAAGCUCGUUAUUCAUGCUAAGGAUCGCCUCAAGGGCGAAGUGCUGACCGACAAAGCGGUCUUCCACGAGAGCAUGCUGGUCUCGCCCGGACCCAACGAACUUAAUGACCCGAAGUCCAUGAUAACCCUAAAUGAUCUUGAUUGGACUCCUAAAACACUUCCGCUGAAUAAAUUUGAGAAGAAGUGCAAGGACUCAUGGAAGUUACGGGUAGGCUCCAUUCGUCCUUCUUCUGCUGCUAGUACAAAGUUAACCCAUGUGACCUCAGAGUGCGCCGUGGGACCCCCCGGUAUUCGAGACCCCAGAGGAGUUGUUCGACUGAUAAAAAGGGUGGCGUUGUUGGAGGUCGAUCCAUCUCUCCAGUUUAAGCUCCUGUAUAUGUGGUUUAGCUGCGCUGGCCAACAAAGGAGUACCUUCAAGGGGAGGUGGGUAGAGUAG